AUGGUGGGUCCGUGUACAUCCGGGUUCUGGAGAUGGAUGGUUCUGGUGCUGAUAGUGAUGACCGCAUCAGUGACUGGACAAGCGUGUCCAAUAGCAGGCUACGGCAGUUUUAAUGGAGUUUGCUACAAGGCCUUUCCUUACCCGAAGACGUACGCUGAGGCUAGACAGACGUGUGCGGCAGACGGGGGACUGCUAGCCGUGCCGAAGAAUGACGCCAUCAACACUUUCAUCUACAAUCUGGCAGGAGGUGGAAAUCAACAUCGUUGGAUUGGUUUGACUGACGCCACGGUCGAAGGGCAGUGGAUAUUUGAAGACGGUGAAACCCUGUCGUCUACCAGCUAUACCAACUGGGGCCCCGUUAACGGUGGCUGGACCAUCUGGGGCGCAUGGUCUAGCUGCAGCGUGACGUGUGGAGUCGGGACGGAGACUCGGGACAGAACCUGCACCAACCCUGCACCAGAGAACGGUGGGGCAGAGUGUGACGGUGCCGCUCAGGAGACAAGGUCUUGUGACACGGGACUUUCUUGUCCAGGUAACUCGAAUUAUAUUCCCUGUUCUUUUGCACUUUGCAUGGGUACAAUCAGCAGAGUCUAUAUACCUCCUACAAAGCAAGCACAACUUCAGUUAAUUUGUCUUCAUGUAGUUGACGGCGGUUGGUCGAGUUGGGGCGGAUGGUCCAGCUGCAGCGUGACGUGUGGGUCCGGGAGCCAGUCUCGUCACAGAACCUGCACCAACCCUGCACCAGCAUACGGAGGGGCGAACUGUGCCGGAUCCGCUCAGGAAACACGACAAUGCAACGCGGGGUCUUGCCCAGUUAACGGUGGCUGGACCAUCUGGGGCGCAUGGACUGGCUGCAGCGUGACGUGUGGAGUCGGGACGGAGACUCGGGACAGAACCUGCACCAACCCUGCACCAGAGAACGGUGGGGCAGAGUGUGACGGUGCCGCUCAGGAGACAAGGUCUUGUGACACAGGACUUUCUUGUCCAGUUAACGGUGGUUGGUCCGACUGGGACCAAUGGUCUAACUGCAGCGUGACGUGUGGAGUCGGGACGGAGACUCGGGACAGAACCUGCACCAACCCUGCACCAGAGAACGGAGGGGUAGACUGUGACGGUUCCGCUCAGGAGACAAGGUCUUGUGACACAGGACUGUCUUGUCCAGGUAACUAA